UAUGUACCUAUUAAUUACUGUUACGUCUCAACUGUCGUCUAUAUAUAUAUAUCAACUUGGGAAUGAAUACUUAUUGUAUUUAGAUAUAAUGUUUGUUUAUUUCUCAAUUUAUUUAGUGCAAAAUUCUUGCCCCCAAGUGUUGCAUAUCUCUAACCGUCUGACUGUCUCUUGUCGUCAUCUCCCUUGUAUAUGAUUUUGUCCUCAAGAGUGGUGAUGGCGACUUUCCUGUUACAUGUCGAAUUUGGGUUGUGGCUAAUUUAAUAAUCUGGUAGAUUCAUAUCCUUUCCUCUUGGGUUUUGAAUCUUUUCUGCGAGGAGAUGGGCGACAACACUUUUAUAGUUUGAUUAAGUUAAUACAUUAUUUGCUACGCUUCUAUCACUGUCCAAUGACCAUGCUUUUAAUACUAAUAGCUUAAUUAGUUUAGUUGUUACACCAUUCGUAAAUGUGUGAUAUCUUAUUCAUAUUUUAUAGGUACUUAACAUUACCAAUUAGUAAAAAUAAAAUAAAUUAAUAAUGAGAUAAUAAGACAGUUGAUUAAUAGUAUAGGAACUACUUAGGUGACUUAGUAGGUUGUAUUUUGAUUCUGAAUCAAGUUUUGAAGUUAAGUGCAGUAUGUUAGUUGGUAAUUAUCAGUGCUUGGAAAAUCCUUUAAAAAAGAAAUAAGUUAACAUUCAGCAUAGGCGGACAUUUGGUUGAAUUUGUAGGGAGGCUAGAAUAAUUGUUUCUAAUUAUCUAAAUAAUUAAAAUUACCAACCUUCAAAUGAUCGAUUUUGGAGUUUAAAAUACUAAGAAUUUAUAUUUUUGGAUUUUUUUUUAAGAUAUGUUACAACGUAAAACCUACAGUUAAGUUUUAUGUGGUUUAUUAAAUAUAAAAAAUAAGUAAAGAAGAUAGGUAAAUUAAGAUUUUGCCAACGCGUUAAGCAUGAAAAUAUCAUCGUUAUUAAUUUCUAAAACAAAAUUCCUUGGGAAGCAAACUAAAUUCGUUCCCAAAGUUUAAAUGCGUUAUGCUUAUACCGCUACUUUAUUUUUCAAAAAUCGGCCUUUUAAGCGCUCCAGGCGGACAAUGCCUGCCCUAAAUCCCGUCAAAUAACGAUCCACUUUCAGACGCCGAGCGUCCUGUGUGUGUACCAUGUACAAGUGGUCCGUAAUUAUCGCAUCCGCCAGAAUGCGUGGCAGACAAUAGUGAAUCACUAUCACGAUUUAAAAUAUACAUGUUACUUACGAAGUUACAAAGCGGCAUUAUUUAUGAAGCCCAUGUUUAUCCUCGAUUACGGCCUGUCUGCGAGACGCACAACUAGCGGCUAGCGCCCAAGUGGAAAUUAGUGUAGUUGAGCAAUGUAUAUUUUCAUAAUAUAUAUAUAAUUGUGCAGACUGAUGGCGCUAGUUGUACUUCUUCCUAUGGCCAACAGCUGAUUUUUGGUGAUAAACCGCGAGCAUCAUUCUGAAAACCAAUUUCUAUGCGGCGUUGAGUAACCUAUGUAUGGUUAUGCUCGAUUAAAUUAAAUAAUUAUACUAUUAUCUUAUCACUUUUGAGUUUUGGUUGAUAGUGAAUACUAAGUUGCAUAUUAGCAUGAUUAAUUCAAUUUACAGAAUAAUUUGCAAUAUUAAAUUAGUCUUUGUUUUUAAACUAAUGAAGUAUCAUCACUAAACCUUACUCGUAUAGAAUAAUUCAUUAUAUAAAACUGAAACAUUCAUGUGUAUGUUAUUUUAAAUAUGCAACCAGUCAUUUUUUUCUAUUAAAUUGAUUACUUGCUUUAUGGCAUUUUAUUUACCAUUUGAAAAUAACAAGAUGUCUACUAAAUCAGUAUUUGUUACUGUCGGUACCACUAAAUUUAAUGAACUAAUUGAUUCUGUCACUGACCAUCGUACACUCAAAGCUCUGAAAUGUAAUGGCUAUACAUCAAUGAUACUUCAAAUAGGAAACGGUACAUUUAGCCCUGAACCUUCUGAUGUAAUGGAAAUCUCAAGUUAUACAUUUAAACCAGACAUUGGGGCUGAUAUGAUUAAUAGUGAUCUAGUAAUAAGUCACGGAGGAGCUGGUUCCAUAAUGCAAGCAUUGGACUAUGGUAAACCUUUGUUAGUGGUAGUCAAUGAAAAGUUGAUGGACAACCAUCAAUACGAAUUGGCAGAAAAAUUAUGCGAAGAAAAACGAUUAUACUAUACAACUUGUGAAAACUUAUGUAACUGUAUUGAAAAUUUAGAUUUCAGCUUAUUAAAUUCAGUAAAAAUUGAUAAUUCAAAAAAAAUAUGUAAACAAAUUGAAUGUUUUUUAAAAAUAUAAAUACUUGUCUGCAAAUUGUGUUAUAUUUUGUUGAUAUGUCCAUAGAUAAACUCCCAAUUUCAAAAUAGAAACAAUAUUAACCAUAUUAUAAUUUUUUCAGAUCAGUGCUAGUUUUAUGAAUAACAACUAACGGGAUAAUUAAUUUGUCUUCCUUUGGUUUUAGUUCCUCAAAUAUAUA